AUGGGGAAGGAUUCCCCGACGCCGGGCGUGCUGUUGAGGAUCGACCACACCAAGUCCAAGGUGUACAACGCUCUACGCCGUCUCGAGUGGCAGACCAACCGGGAGGUAGACAAGGCCGUCAACAACCUCAUGGCUUCGUCGAACAAGGGUGGUGUGGACAGCACGCAGUUCAAGGCGAAGAAGACUGUGUUCAGAGAGUCGCAGAAGCUGGACGGCGGGCAGCAGGUGCAGGCUGUCAUGGCCGGCUGGAAGUGCUCCACGUACCAGUACCUCGGGAGCAUGCAGAUGAAGGGCGUCGGGUCGAGCAUGUUCCAGAAACCGUUCUGGAAGAACAACCCGGACCUUAACGAAGACAAGGUACACCGUCAGAUCAACAAGCAGGUGAAGGCGACUGUGUGGAUGGCGCACGACUACCCCCUCAAGCUCAAGCACAUCAUGCCGGCUCUGGAGAUCCUUUCCGUCAGGGACGACAUGGCCGCAAGGCUUCGCUCCGUUCUCUCCCUUGCCGGGAUCCCUCAGGAAGGAUUCCCUGUGAAGGUUUCCGUGCCCCUGAUGAUGACCGUGAAAGCUGUCGUCACCUUCGAGAACUUCAGGUCCGACGGCAUCGAUGCCAGCAACUUCGUGAUCCCGAGCGACUAUCACCGGUCACGCCGCAUGUCGAAGGAGAAGUAUAUCGCCGGGGUUGGGACCGGAGGGGAAGGCGGCGGCGGCGGGGGGGGCGGGCGGCAGAACAUGGACAGGGGUGCCUCGGGCAAUUUCGAGUCGGACGACGAGGAGGAGGAGGAGGAGGAAGGCGUGUUUGUGACGGAGGCCGGCGUCAGCGAGAGGGAGCUGUUGAGGAGACGGGCGGCGUCUCGGAACGCGUUCGAUGACGACGAGGAGGACGAUUCUGACUUCGAUGAAGACGACAUGUCCGAUGAGGGAACGACGCCGGCAUCCUCACCCCGACGAAGAAAGAGCUUGACCAAUGGCAACGGCAGCGGCACCAACGGCGAGAUGUCAGACCCUCAGUCUCCCCUCGCCAGAGGGCAGCCAACGAGUCAAGCGCAGGCCUUGGUGUCGGGGAGAACAGCACCAGCCUCCGGCGGCGGCCUUCAGGGUUAUCAGCCGGCCGCCCCGUCGUCGGAUGGGAGAGGUAGAGAGGACCCGUCGCAGAGAUCACAGCAGCGGCAACAAGCUCACGCUCAACCUCGCGGCCGAUCCAUGAGCAGCGACAGCCCGGAGCGGCGAGGGGGCCCCGCGAGUGGGACCGCAGGGGGGGGGGCAGCAGAACGGCACGUCGGGGGGGGUGGGGAGGCUCCCGCCCACAAGCGGCAGCGAAGCAAGUCUCGGAGCGGCAGGCUGGUGUCUCAGCUCAGGGGCAUCGUCGGGGCCGGGAAGGGCAAGUCCGCGCGGAGGGGCGGGGGCUCCGGCGCGUUGGUGAUGAACGGCAGGGGGGGGCACUCCCUCAGCGACGACGACGAGGAAGACUCGUUCGAGGACGAGGAAUGGGACGUCCGAGAGCAGCAGCAUACCGCGGGCAACGGCAACGCUCACGGCAACGGCGGCGGUGGCAGCGGCAGCGGGGGGGUGGUGACAGCGGCGUCUCGGGCGGCCCAGCUGGUAGAGGCGCGAGAAGCUUCCCGGGGACAUCGGCGAGUGUCGUCCGCCACGGCGACUAUGGGAGUGCCGAUCGGAAACAACACCAACUUGGAGAACCGGAGAUCGCCACCGGGGUCCAUGUCUAAUCUUAGAGCGGCGGCGGAGCAGCAGCAGCAGCAGCAGCAGGCGACGGGGUCGCGAUUGCCGCGGGUCCCGCCAGCGAUGCCGCUAAGCGGCAGCAGGGGCGCGGGUGUCGGCAGGGGCGCCAGCGGGAGAGGGUCCGCGCUGAAGCCUCCAGCGCCGCGGAAUUCGGAGUGAUGUUUGUUGGUGUUUUGGUUUUGGGUGCAGAGGUAGGGAGGUCUGUUUUUUGAAGUAGCGACAGUUUUUCCUCAGGUUUUUAGUACGAAGGAAGGAGCGAGCCGAGUGCUGGAGGAGGGGGUGUAAAGGCGUGGUAUUUGUCGCAGGGGAGGCGAAUCGGGGGGUCGGAGAGGUAAGGUUGGCUUUAAAGUUUUUUGUGUUUGGUGUGGGAGUAAUAGGGUUCAGCAGCAUCACAGCGCCGUUCAUGUCUCUUGGUUCGCGUGGUGGUUUUAAUCCCGGAUAGCUAGUCAGCUAUGUUUACAGUCACGUGAUAACUGCUGCGGUGUACCAGUAGUCUGCAGCAUCUGUUGGGGGUAUAACGAUAGCUAUUAGGGUCGAUCGAGAUUAAUUUCAGAUGGCCGGAGAGAAAGAGAGUUCUUUCAUGUGUUGCAUCUCGUUUUGUCCGGCCUCCGUUUACUACGUUCGACCAUCAUGAUCAUCAUCAUCGCGUGUGUGUGUAUCGUCUUUUCUACUUUUUCCUUUUUUUGUGGUGAAGAAUGCAUGAUUAGUUUCUCGUCGGUCUUCUUUCUUCUUUCCUCGCUGCCUUUUAGUGCUCUGUGUUCCUGGUUGUGUACCGUGCGAUUUGAUGCACGGACGUCGCUGCUCCUCGCCGAUAGCUUCUAAAUACCGCAACCUUACGUGCAGCGUGUCCCCAUGGAUCGGUCGUAUAUAGAUAGUUUGUUUGCCGCGGCGAUUCAGGCCACGAUUAUUGUGUGUUUUUGUCUAUGCUACUACUGUACUACGCCACUGGAGGGGUAAUUUGUCGUUUGUUACGGGAUAAUCUUGGAUGUUUUGUUUUUUUCCGUACUCUCCGCUCCCGGGGGGGGGGGGGGACCGCAUGAAUGACUAAUAGAUUGUAGCUUUCCUUCAUUACCGCCUUC